AUGUACAAGGUCGGCAACAUCUACUUCAUUGCGGCCACCGCCGUCGUGGGCGGUGGUCUCUUCGGUUUCGACAUUUCAUCCAUGAGCGCCAUUAUCUCUACCGACCCCUACCUUUGCAAGUUCAACACCCUCGGCUUUGACGAGGACGGCAAAUGCCGAGGCCCUUCAUCUGACGUGCAAGGAGGCAUCACGGCUGCUAUGCCCGGUGGCUCCUGGCUGGGUGCUCUUUUUUCUGGUUUCCUCUCGGACAGUCUUGGACGAAAGACCUCGAUCCAGAUUGGUUGCGCUAUCUGGGUAAUUGGCUCUAUCCUCAGCUGCGCCGCUGUCAACAUUCCCAUGUUGAUCGUCGGUCGUAUUGUCAACGGUUUCUGUGUCGGAAUCUGUUCUGCUCAGGUACCCGUCUACAUCUCCGAGAUCGCGCCACCAUCCAAGCGUGGUCGUGUCGUCUCGCUGCAACAAUGGGCCAUCACAUGGGGCAUCCUGAUUAUGUAUUUCAUCUGCUAUGGCUGUUCCUACAUCAAGGGCGACGCUUCUUUCCGGCUUCCCUGGGGCCUGCAGAUGAUUCCGGCUAUCCUCCUGGGCAUUGCGCUGUUCUUCCUGCCCGAGUCCCCACGUUGGCUUGCCAAGAAGGACCGCUGGGAGGAGACUCACGAGGUGUUGACGCUUGUGCAUGGCCACGGUGACCCCAACAGCCCCUUCGUGUCACGCGAGCUGGCGGAGAUCCGGGAGGUGGUCGAAUUCGAGCGUGCCAACAGUGACGUGAGUUACAUCGAGCUGUUCAAGCCCAAGAUGCUUAACCGGACAAUCAUUGGCCUGUUCAUGCAGAUCUGGUCACAACUCACUGGAAUGAACGUGAUGAUGUAUUACAUUACGUAUAUCUUCGCCAUGGCUGGCAUCGGAAACGGCAACCUGUUGUCGUCGGGAAUCAACUAUGUGAUCAACGUCUGCAUGACCAUCCCGGCGCUCAUCUGGCUCGACCACUGGGGCCGACGCAAGCCCCUGCUCAUCGGAGCUUUCUUCAUGUGCCUCUGGCUGUGUGUCAAUGCUGGUCUCUUUGCCGUGUACUCGCGGCCUGCGCGCCCAGGCGAGUUCCCAUCCGACGCCGAGUCAAUGGCCAUCUCAGGUCCAGCAGCCAAGGCCGUUAUCGCGAGCACGUACCUGUUCGUCGCGUCGUACGCUCCCACGUGGGGCCCUGUGUCGUGGACGUACCCUCCGGAGUUGUUCCCGCUCCGCCUGCGAGGUAAGGCCGUGGCUCUGACGACCAGCGGCAACUGGGCGUUCAACUUUGCGCUGGCGUACUUUGUGCCGCCUUCGUUCAAGAACAUCACAUGGAGGACAUAUGUGCUGUUCGCAGUGUUCUGUUUCGCCAUGUUCUGGCAUGUCUUCUUCUUCUUCCCCGAGACGGCCAACAAGGCGCUCGAGGAGGUCGACGACAUCUUUGAUGACACCAAGCCCGGUGCCAUCCGCUACAUCGGCACGCCGGCAUGGAAGACUCACAAUGUGCGCCACGAGACUGUCCUGAAGGAGAGGAAUGAGUUAGGAGACGAGGAGAAGAUCAGGUCAAUGGCAGUGCAUGACGACGAGGCGCAGAGAGAUGUUGUUGAGCACAAGGACUAG